CCAUGGUUGUCGUUGCCGCAAUGGAAUUGGAGGUUCCGUCUGUCAGUUAUCAGACAUGGCCAUAACGGCUGAUCACAUCCGGGAUAAACUUAUCAAGGAGCUCGCAGCAGUGCACGUGGAUGUGGAGGAUACAUCACCUGGCAGAUGUGCUGCCAGUUUCAAAGUCCUGGUGGUGUCAUCCCAGUUUGAGGGGAAACCAUUGUUACAGAGACACAGGAUGGUGAAUACGUGCCUAGCUGAGGAGCUGAGAGAGAUCCACGCUUUCGAACAGAAGACUCUCACACCAGAGCAGUGGGAGAAACAGAAGUCCCAGUGACACAUUCACACCAUGUUACACACAAUGUAUCAUCCGCACAUCAGUUUAUAAUUUCUACUAUAAAACAGCCCUUGUACUUCUCUUAUAUCAAGAAGGCAGACAAGCACUGUCUUUCAUUUCCUGUGAAUCAGUAAAAUGCAUUGAAAUCCAAUGGAAUGUUCUGCUGACAAUAAAACACUUAUGCUGUA